AUGAGCGACAGCUUACUAGCCCGCCUCCUCUCGGAGCUGCAGCUCGACCACCACCGCUCACUUCUCGAGGAGGAGGAGCUCACCUUCAGCCUCCUCGCCUCGAUGCGAGCCGAUCUCCUCGUUGACUCCCUCGCUGAGCUGGGCUUCACGCCGGCGGAGGCACUUCGACUGCAGGAAGGGCUUGGCGGCGGCGGCAGCGAGGUUGCGGCAGACGAGGGCGGCGCCGAUGCGGCUGGCGGUUGGUCGGCGCUGCACAGCUUGCCCCCGAGCAGCGACGCGUCUGCCCGGCGGGAGCGUUUCUCUGUCCGUCUGCCCGCGGGAGGCGUCGUGCAGGCGGCGUGGCAGGGCGGGAGACCGCCCGUCUGGGCGGUGCUCGGCUGGCUCGCGGCGGUCCUCAAGCUCGACGUCGACGAGCUCAUCGGCAAGUACGCCCUCGUGGACCGCUCCUCGCUGCCGCCGCGCGAGCUCGAGGACGAGGCAGCCACGCUGCGGGCGGCCGGACUCGCCGCCGGAGCGACGCUGCUGCUGCAGCCGAGGGCGGGCGAGAUGGAGACGGUCGGCCGGCUGUGCGGUUCGUACACCUUCGCCGACGAGGCCUUCCGCAAGGCAGGGAUGCUCGUGCUGCUGCAUGGCCCGUCGGCGAGCUCGCGCGCCCUCGCACACGAUCUGCAGGCGAGGCUGCACUUCCUCUCGCUCGCGUUCGUGCCAGCUUCGGUCCGCCGCCUCGCCGCCGCCGCAGGCAGCGGCGAAGGGGAGGACGACGCGGGAGACGCCGGCUACAGCGCCUUCGGCGGCGACUCGCUCGAGGCGGGUGCCGAGGAGCUACACAUCGUGAUGCGCUUCCUGCAGGCGCAGCAGCCGGCGCUGCGGGCAGCAACACUUGGCCGGAGGGAGGCACGGGUUGAGGCUCUCAACGACUGGCUCGAGGGAGCGAGGCGCCUCAACGAGCAAGCUGCGUCGGAGGAGGACGGCGACAACCUCGGCGGCGACAAGCAGGCGGACGACGACGACCUCGCGUUCUACUUUUGAGCUUGUUUUCGCCCCUGGCACACGCCACACCCCGAACCGGCGGCGAACCCCGUGCCCCGCUCGAGAGCCUGAAACGCUCGCUCGAGAACGGCGAACGCGGGAACGGGGACGCACAGUGAGAUAGUCGAUCUAGAGUCCGACCGGCGAGCGAUAGGCAGACACAGCAUCAAGUGGGUUUUAUUUCUGACUGUCUCGUGUCUGUUUUAACAUCUGUCAUCUCG